UUUAGAGUGUCGGAGCAGCUCUGCGCUAAAGCAUUCACAUGUGAACGCAACAUGCAACCCUUUGUAUACACAGGGAAAGAAGAAGAAUAUGAGAGCUGACAGCUGUCAACUCGCUUUUCCUUUCUUUCCGGUCUCUGCUCCAUAGAAGACGCAAACAUGUUCAUGCCAAAGGCUCAUCGUGUCGCCAUUUAUGAAUACCUCUUCAAGGAGGGUGUCAUUGUGGCCAAAAAGGAUUUCCAUGCACAGAAGCAUCCCGAGCUGGACUCCAUCCCCAAUCUGCAUGUGAUCAAGGCACUGCAAUCUCUGCACUCGCGCGGUCUCGUCAAGGAGCAGUUCGCCUGGCGUCAUUACUACUGGUAUCUGACCAACGAGGGUAUUGAGGAGCUGCGCAGCUACCUGCAUCUGCCCCCCGAGAUUGUGCCCUCGACCCUGAAGCGUCCCGCACGCUCCGAGCCCCUGCGCCCCCGCCCAGCGGCUGGUGGCCCACGCGGACCCGCCGAUGCCUCCAAGACCGGCGAGGACCGUUCCGCCUACAGACGCGCUCCAGGCGGCAGCGGUGUGGACAAGAAGGGUGAUGUUGGACCCGGUGCCGGUGAGGUGGAGUUCCGUGGCGGAUUUGGACGUGGCUCUCGCAACUAGACGGGCGUUUCCAGCGUUUUUUUUAUAUAUUUAAACGAAGUUCAACCAUUCAAGAAAAAAAAACAAGAGAAAAUGCUUUUGUGUGUAUGUUUUAUAUAGAAUUCUAUCGAGUCGAAAAGCAUUGCAGCGAUGCAAUCAUUAAAUUAUAAAGCAAGCGCAAAGUGAAACAACAAAACAA